AUUUCAUAGCUGCUUAAGUAUUUUAUCGCAUAUAUAUUUUUCUGAUUCUGUUUUUAAUCUUCAUACUAUAUUUAUAAUAUUAAGUAUUAUUACAUUCUGUAUAAUUGACCUAAACAAACCAUAAUAAAGAAUACACUUAAAAUUAUUAAACAAGAAAAUGGACAUAUACUUAUUAGAAAAUUGGAAAUGUAUACCUGAUUAUUUUAAUUAAAUAAGCUACAGAUUCGGAAAAAAAAUUGAAAAAUAUGAAGGUUUUUAAAUUAAAUGAUAUACCAGAGUUUUCCAAAAGAGAGAGAAUAGUAGUUGUCGGAAUUAUUGGUAAAUCUCCUCACCGAUAUCCAAACAAGACAACUCCACUACUUUCUGCAGUACAAUCUCAAGAAAUUGGCAUCGAAUGUCACUGGGAUGAACGCCGUGGUGUUCUGUUUCUCCAUGCCCUCACGUAUCUUGACACAAAACAUCUUUCAGCCUUAGCUGCUGACUUGAAUGAGAAUUCCAAAAGCACAAUUAAAGAUGCAGAUGCCUCAAAUUGGCUUGUUGCAUCGGGUGAACUAGCUAUAGACUCAUGCAAGAUUAUUGGAUUGCUUUUUAAUUUGUGUCAUAUUGUGGUGCUGUCAUCACCCACCACUGUUUUUGAUCUCGGAUACCUACAACUAUUUAAAGCUAUUGAUGCUUUUAGAUUGGAAAUAACAAACCGUACCUCAGUGGCCUUAUCUGAAGCAGAGUUAGGUGGCACAUGGAUCUCGCAUGGACGUUGCUGUUGCCCACGGCUACUGUUCCACAUGCGUCGAGCUCCCGUGCCUUUGAAACGUAAUCCUGCCGCUUUAAAACGACUUGAACACUCCAUUGAAGACCAGCUUUAUUCUAUACUUAGAAAGUCUAGGAUCAUAACUAAUGUUUGUGCAAAAGCCCUAUUUGCAAUACCGAAAAAUGAAGAGUUUGUGUACAUAAGCACCGAUGAGGAAGUGUGUAACGCUCGCGACGUUAGCGUGCUGGUGAGCGGGCUGGUGCGCAUGUGUGGCGGCGCGCUGCCCGACCGCCCCGCCGGGGAGAGGCCCGGCUUCGCGCAGUUCCUGCAGGGGCACAUAGACUUGGCGUUCGCCGAAGGAUUCGACGACAACGUCGGGAAAUACGCGAUGAGUACGUCAUUCUUUGAGCUGCCGAGCGCAGAAUCAUGGCGUAAAGCAGCCGAGGUCCUGACGCCGCUGUACCUGGAGGAUCCCGUGCAGGUGGACGAGGGCUCGGAGAUCGGCCGCACUCUGUUCCUGAUACUCGCCACUGACGUACGGUUCUCCCAGGCUCGAUGCGCCAAGAUAUUACCAAUAGCUCAGGCAUCCUACACGGAGGGCAUGCCGGCGCACUACUCCAGCCAACACCACGCGCAUAAGGUGAAGGUAGCCCUAGGAGUGCUGGAGACGAUGGCCCGCGGUCCGCUGGCGGGCGGGGCUCGCGCGAGGCUGCAGGCCGCGUGUGACGUCACGUGGCGCUCCCGCAGUCUGUGCGAGGCGUUGUCCCUCACCGGACAUCCGUGUAUAGAACCCGAACAUCUAGUGAUAAUGAAGGUGUCUGGUGUGGUGUGCAGCGACGGCGGCACGGAGCACUCGUCGGGCGUGCGCUACGUGUCGGCGUGCGCGUGCGGGCGCAGCAAGUGCUCGCGCGACGACCCGUACACGCCGCGCGCCGCCAACCUCGCCUUCUACUCGCUCGCGGCCGACCAGUGCGCGCACUGCCGCACGCUGCAGGCCAUCGCCUUCCCGGUCUUCCAGCCCUCCACGCCCACCUACAAAGCGGCAUCAGUAAAAGGAGCACAAAGUCAAGAGGCCAACGAAAGUUCGACGGUCCGCGAGACGGAGGGGAACUCCGCGUCGGGGGGCGAGGGGGGAGAGGGGGACGAGCCGGGGGGCUGGUCCGCGCCGCACGCGCUGUCCCCGGGGUCGGGCGGGGACGACGACGAGGAGAACAAGUCCCCCGCAGCCGAGAACAGAUACGUCGUGCCCGUUACUGGGGACUCUAAUACUGAUAAGAUGAUCCGCCGCCAGCCGUCGACGACGGAGUACCUGCCGGGCAUGCUGCACACCGCCAGCCCGGCCGGCCUGCUGCCCGCCUACUGCUCGUGGAGCCUGGUGUGCGUGGGCGCCUCCUCUCUGUACUCGCACAGCAUGGGCCUGCCGGACCACCUGCAGCCCGGCUUCCUACCCCACACCAACUAUCUGCUGCCCUGGGACUGCGCCGUCAGGAUGGAACAAGUGAGCCUAUGGCGCAUGGCUCAGGCAUCGUCCCGCGGCCGCGGUAAGCCGACCCCGCCGCAUCACCUCACUGUCAAAAUCUUCAUCGGGUUUGAAUAUGAAUGUCCCAGAGGACACAGGCUGAUGAUGUCGUCCCCCACGAGUGCGGUGAGUGGGGGCUCGUGCGGGCGCGAGGCGGGCGCGCGGCUGGCGGCUAGCGACAUGCCGCUGUACGUGCCCUGUCUGUGCUCCGUGCCCCUCCCCGCGCAGCUCACCCGGCUGCACGUCGUCACACCCAAGGCUCCUGUACACGUCACGCUGGAUCCCAGGGUGCAGCCGGUGCCCGGCGGGCCGAUCUUCGUCCCGCAGCCCGUGGGCUCGCCGGCCAUCAAGCUGUCGGCGUCCGCCUACUGGAUCCUCCGCCUCCCGUUCGUGUACUGCGACGAGCGUGGCCCGCUGCCCCGCCCCCGCACCGCGCCCUCCUCCCCGCUGUCGCAAGGCGUUAUACUAGCCCCACUGUUCGGGCUCGCCGACUGAACAUUACUAGAGCAGAUUAACGUUAACUUACAGAAUAAUAUUCUAGAAAAUUAGCACGUCAUGGAAGUUAAACUUCUUUAGAAGUGAAGCUUCUUUAGAAGUAAAACUUCUUUUGCGGAAGAGAGCGUGAAGAUAGAACGUAUUUGAUUUCUCACUAGCAGUGUAUCGUUUUUAAAUAUUUACAUAGACGCGUUGCGGAAAGGUUCGAUUCUAAAAUUUAAUAUUCCUCUCAUCGCUUUCAAAGAUGUUUCAAUCAAAAACAAUAAGAAGUUUUGCUAAAAUUUUAGUGUUGUUUUUUUUUAAGUUUUAGUGUUGUUAAUAUUAUAAUAAUAAAAAAAAAAUUAUAAUAUGACCAAACGAGGAUUCAUUCACCGAUGCUGUAAUAAAAAUUAUCGAUAUCCUAUAUUUUCUGCCUUCUGUAAUCUUAAUGGAUUUAUUUAAAAAAUAAAUACUGAAUAAUAAUUAAAUAGGUAAACAAAAAAAUGCUUUUUUCUUUUCUUUGUAACAAGUCUUUAAAAGGAAUUUGUAUUAUAAUUAUUAUAAAAUAUAAAUUAAAUAAUAUCAAAAUUCGGUGCACCAAAGUAUUGUUUUGUAUCAAUUAAUCAAGGACUUUUCAAACACAUUUAAAUAUUAAAUAGUUUAAGCUAAGUGCUAAAUUGCAUUUUAGCGUAACUAACGCGUAGGUAACAAAUAAAAAAUAACAAUGUAGAGCACAUUGUACACUAGUACCGAUUAUCCUGAAGUUGCGAUCUGGACUACUAAUAAGCUUAGAUUAAUUAAAUUAGUUCUGGAUUGCUUUCUUUACAAGAUCUUUUCAUAUGAUAAAAUUCAACAAAAAAAACGCAGUCGGAUGAAAAAAAAUGUUAAUAUUGAUAAUUAGUAUAGAUUGACUAAUGGAUCACUUGUAUUAGUAAAUUGAAAUGUAAUCAUGUAAAAUAUCUAUAAUAUUUUAUCAAUCAUUUACGCAACAGAAUGUUUUUUUUUUUAUAAUUGAAGGAUUACUGGUGGCCCGGAGGCCUUUCCAGU